CAGAACCAGCCAGAAUCAGAGGCAGGACCGGAGUCCGGACCCACCCACGGCCUGCAGAAUAUAAUCCUGCGUUCCUUCUCGGCGUAUCUCGUGCGAGCACGCCAGGCGCACGUAGUGGAUUGCCAAUUCUUCAUUGCCUUUUCUCGCCAGACAGCCUGUGAUUUCCUUCUUUCUUCUUCUACUUCUUGCUGUGGAAAGAGCCUUGAGGAGGCGGCGGCGGAGACCAAGAACAAGAACAAGGAGAGAAAGGUUCUGUUCUCGAGAUGGAUGUGGAGAUCCAGCAGCCGCAGGAGGUGGGCAAAUCCAGGGUCGUCAAGGUGGACAAGGACGAGGCGUGGGAGCUCUUCACCACCCAGGCCAGCAACGAAGGCCGCACUGUGGUUGCUCACUUCGGGGCGUCGUGGUGCGUCACGUCCCUCUCCAUGAACUACAAGUUCGAGGAGCUCGCGCAGACCCACCCCGACAAACUCUUCCUCUUCGUCGAUGUCGAUGAUGUCCAGGGCGUGUCUUCCAAGCUGGGGGUGAAGGCCAUGCCCACCUUCUUCCUCAUCAAGAACAAGGAGGUUCUGAAGAAGAUCGUCGGCGCCAACCCGGACGAGCUUGCCAAGAUGGUGGAGUCAUCCGCCGACGACUCUGCCGUCACCACUCUUCCUGACAUAGUCAUCCAAUAAUAAUAGGUGUUUGCCUUGUCUGAAACUGCUUCUCUGGGUGCUGUUUUGCUUGCUUCCGGUGUGACUCUGAAUCUGAUCCUGAUCGGUGUUAGAGAGGAGGAGAACUUGUGUCUCGGGUAGGAUUGUUUGGUCCUGCGACUUUGACUUACUUUCUGAAUUGUUAUAUGCAUACUUGUGUUCAGUGUGAGUUCA